AUGUCCUCCUCCCAGCCAAUCGCCCUCCCCUCGACAUCCAACAGCCACCACAACCAUUCUCAAUACCACCACCACUCUCAUUCAUUCAGCAAUCCUCAGAACCCUAGUAAUCCUGGUAAUAGUUAUGGCAAUGGUCAAGCAAUGGACUACGGUAACUACCACACUCGAGGGGAUUCCAUCAUGACCUCUGGAUCCUACACCGGCUCGAGCAACGGGGAUGACUUCAAUCCUGCGUCGUACACGAAACACUACAUGGGCUCACCGCUAUCGUGGCGGUCGGGCUCCUUCGGUAGUAGGCACGUUAGUGGCAAUGCAUUCUACGCAGGGAGUCCAACGGCUCAUCUUCUGAGUGGCUUUGGCUCUCACGAAUUCAAGGGAGGAAAAAUGGCCUCGAUGGAAUCCGAGGACCGUAAUUCCAUAUUGAACGCCGUGAACUUGUUUGAGUCAGGAAGAGAGGAAGAACUGUGUCGCGACUAUACAUGCUGCGGACUGCAUCUCCCCGAUCUGCAUGCCUUGCUCGAUCACUUUGAGGAAGUUCACAUUGUCGUUGUCGACGCUAACGGAAACCCCGUGACCGCCGCCAAUGGCAACCACAUCCCAAAUGGCGCAGAUGGUGGUACCAUGCGCGUCGCUGUCUCAAUACCUUUCAAUCCUCAGUGCAAUAAUCCACCGUUAACAACCAACGCGAACUCAUCUGCCCCACAAUCUCACGCCUCUUCGAUCAGUCGCUUGCAGUCCAACUUCCAUGCACAUUCUAGCUCUCAAGAUCUCGGUAAACACAACACCCCAACGCAGGCUCCCUAUGUCCCGGAUUACUUUGCUCACUCGCAACACUCGGGGUCUCAGCCUAUAGACACAAACCACCAUCAGCCACAGCACUCGCAGUCCGACCUAAUGCAACCAUCCGGAAAAUACGCUGGCAACGAUAUGGCUUAUCGAGAAGGUGUUCCCAUUGAUCCUGAUGACAUGGAGAUGGAGAUGGAAGAAUCCUUGGCGUAUCCGCCCUCAGGCCAUUACGGAGGGCACGGUUCUGAUGCCAACCCUCACGCGUACGGAAGCAUGUCGCCUCCUUCUUCCUCUGCCGGAACGUCAAGUGGAAUGCAAGGCGUCAGCAACUCACCUUCUCCCCCAUCCAGUAACUCACCGUCCUCUACGUCUGGCCAUGGCAUGCCUUCACCAUCCUCUGGUGUGCCUACUCCGCCUGAUACGCCGAUCACCACGCCCCUGAGUGCCUAUCCAAGUCCUAGAAUGGGGGCCUUUCCCCCCAACCUUACCCCAGGCAAGCGAGCACUUCAGCAUCAUGGCUCGCAUCAGUCCUUUCAGACCGGUCAUCGUAGCCUCCAUCACAAAAUUUCUCUUCAGCAUAUCCAUCAAGAGCGUUUGCAGCAAAACCAUCGCACGGUCGAUGCGCGAGGGGUUGUUGAGAAUGCGAGGGGUGUCUACGCAUCAGCACCGCCAAGCCCCCAUCCGGGCCAUGUGCGGAAUAGUUGGAGUCACCUGCACCCCAUGCGUGGGAGCAGUAACAAUUCGCUAGAUGGGGCACUCGGCGAAGAUACCAGCUCCAACAACGGGGAGGCAAAUAACUUUGAAUCUGCGCUCACUCAACCAAGCGCAGCGGGCAUGGCUGCCGGGGGCGCUUCCACCUUCCCCCUGAAUUUCGACGUGGAUUCUGGGGGCUCCUUUGGAAAUGACGGUGUUUUCUCGGACGGUAGAGGCGAUGGCAACUUCGAGCGGCUUCCAGCGACCGCUAGUUCAGCUGGAUUUGAUCUGGAUAUGAUGGGUAGUCCAAGUAUGCCAGGGUCUCCUAACCACACUCAGACAUCGAUAGCGGGUCUUUCAACGAGUCCUAGCCUCACGCGGCACGCGUCACUCGGUUCGUUGGGCUUCUCCGGCGUCGCCUCUAGUACCAACCCCAGUGCUUGGAACGGGUCCAGGCAUUCGGCCUCGGGUGCUGGCGUCCCCCAUAAUCUGAGUUUGCACGGGUUAAAUGAUCUGGACAGUGCAUUCGGCGGUGUCAUCCAUUCUGAACCGACAAGUCCCUACGUACAGCAGAGUCACGGUUCGGCAUUCACCAACGGAGCAAUGAACUUCGGUCUUCAUAGGAUGAAUUCCAUCGACGGUGCUAUCAUGGGCGGUCUAAGCGGUAUGAAUGCUCUUCAUGCUGCUGAGAUGGCGCCGGCCUGUGUUCCUCCCGCGCUUUUGUUCAGCCCUGCGGGUACAGCGAAUCCCACUCCCGUUGGCUCAAGGUCUGCUAGCCCCAUCGGCGUCAAAGGCAAGGGUAAAGGGAAGAAAACCGGUUCUCCUUCAGGUCGUAGCAAUGCGGUAGAUGGGGCCGAUGUUGCAUCUUCGUCGAAGACUGCCUCGCAGUCUGGCGCGGUAGGCGCCAACGGUGGCGCUGUCAUUCGACCGGCACCAUUGGCGAAUUCGGCCGCUUCCGCCCUUCAGUCGCAGUCCGUAACGCGACCAGCUGCAUCAAUGCUGCUUUCCAAGCCGUUCCGUUGUCCAAAGCCAAACUGUAACAAAAGUUACAAGCAGGCGAACGGCCUAAAGUAUCACAUGACACACGGUAGCUGUAAUUUCGCGCCGCCGAAGGACAUCGAGCUACGGGAUCGCCUUUUGGAAGCAAGGAGACGUGAGGGCAUUGAGAGUAAUCCUGGUAGCACACCCGGCAGUGGGGCAAAUACGCCCAUACCCGGAGGUGCUGUAGUUCCUGACCCACUUGGUCUGGGUACAAUCAGCGAGCUUGAGCUUCGCGAGGUCGAAAAGGAAGCAGAAAGGCGACUUCGGCCAUUCGCUUGUGGUAUCGGCGAUUGCCCCAGGAGGUACAAGAACAUGAACGGGUUACGCUACCAUUAUCAACAUAGCGGCGAUCAUGGAGCAAUGGGUUUAGCGCUCCUUGCAAGCGGACAGCACCGAUGCUUGGCACGCAACAGUGAUAAGAGCGGGGAACGGGAAGGUCGACGUGCGAUGGCUAGUGCGCCUACCAGUCGCAGCAACUCCCGUGCAAGCUCUACCAAUCGUGGUGUGGUUGGCCCCUCCGGAAAUGGAACGAUGAAUGGCAUGAGCUAUACCCAAGUUUAUUCAAGCAACGGAACGUACUCGCCGUCGGUCGGUGCCAACGGUACCGUCAAUGGUGUCGCUCCGAUGUCAAGCCCCCUAUCGCAGGGCGGCUUUAGCUCCCAACAAGAGUACGCCAUACAACAAGUACAGGCCCAAGCCGUGCAGAUGCCUAUGAAUGUCGUUACCGCGCAACAGCAGCAGCAGCCCGUCGUCGAUUUUACGAUGUCCCCGCAGCAACAGCAGCAAUCACAACCUCAUCCUGAAUAUUCGCAGCAGAUGCAGGUCACCCAAGCACAAUUAGCUUACCAGGCUCAGUAUGCCGAACUUCAACGGGCGCAGUAUCAUCAGCAACAGCAGCAGGCCUCUUCCCAGUUACCAGACCAAGGGGAGUUUGGGGGCGUCGACAUCAAUAUGACUUGA